AAUGGCCACUGGUGCUAGUUCCCUAAACGACGAUGAAAUCAGGACAUUGGUCGAGUCCAUGGAGGAAGAAGUAGGAAAUGUUGAUUCCUUGCAAUCCGAUUAUGAUAUAUUUCGAGUUCCCAGUCGGUUUCACAAGCUAAAUCCAGAAGCUUACAGACCUCUGUCAGUCUCAAUUGGCCCUUUGCACCAUAACGAGGAACACUUGCGGACUAUGGAAACACAUAAGUUGUGCUAUUUAAACCGCUUUCUAAAUCGAUCCAAUGGGAAAACCUUAGAUGUUUAUGUCAAAGCUGUGAGUAAUUUGGAAGAAAAAGCUCGCAAAUGUUACUCUGAAUCCAUUGGCCUUGGAAAAGAGGAGUUUGUCAAGAUGAUGGUGAUAGAUGGUUGCUUUAUACUUGAGUUCCUCAAGACCAUUUUAUCAGUGGAGAACGAUCAUUUUGUAUCAAAUUUGCCAUGGCGUUUUGAAAUUAUUGCUGACCUGAUUAAGCUUGAAAAUCAGCUUCCCCUCUUUGUUCUUGAGCUUUUACAUGGCUUAAUCGAACCGUUGCCCAUGUUCACCUUAAGUAAUGACAUUUACUUGGGACUCUUCGUUAACUUUGGACAAGGGCUCCAUGGCCCUUGUAGUUAUGAAGAAGUAAGAUCAUUACGAUUGCCAGAGGGAAAGCAUUUUCUUGAUCUUUUACGACAUGUCCUCGUCCCAUCUUCUCGUAGGAGAUAUACGGCAAAUUUUUUGCCGCUUACGUGUUGUGCCUCAGAACUUAAGAAAGCCGGUGUCAAGUUUCAGAAGAAGGAGAGGUCUGAUUCUCCAAAGACUUAUUUAUUUGACAUAACAUUCGACAUGAACAAAGGAGUACUGACAAUCCCAACUAUCAUGAUCGAUAAUGAGACAGAACUCAUCCUUAGAAACCUCAUUGCCUUUGAGAAAGCUCAAGACUAUACUUAUUAUUUCACUGCUUAUUUCACAGCCUACGCAUGCUUUAUGGAGUUCCUCAUUCACACUCCUAAGGAUGCAGAGUUGUUAAUGCGGAAGGGAAUUAUUACAAACUACUUUGGCAACUCAAAAGAUGUGGUGACCUUAUUUAACAACCUUGGCAAAUAUACUCGUCUCCAGAGUUCCUAUUUAUCUGAUGUUACUAAAGAUUUGGAGGACUAUCACAGGAAAGCAUGGAAUAAAUCAAAGGCAAGUUUGUUGCAGAACUAUUUCAACACACCUUGGGCAUCAAUUUCAGUCGGUGCUGCGGCGUUGCUCUUCAUCUUGAUGAUAGUACAGACUAUUUGUUCCAUCUUACAAGUUAAAUGAACAACUCAAUUUGUUAUGAAUCUAUUUAUAUAUUA